ACAGUGCAAACCCGAACAUACCGACAACCGGAAGCGCCAUGACGGCGUUACACCGGAGAAACGCACACUCGCCAUACGCCGACAGGAAUGCGGCUGUCAGUUGGCAGGUCGGUGAAUCGUGCCGUCCCGUUCGCGCAUCGCGAUGUGUUUCCGCAACUAACGCCAUAGUUAGCGAUCUUCUUUUGUCCGUGACCAUUUUGAUCACACAUCGUAAGCAAGAUCUUUCUUAGAUCCAUCAGAUAGCCCGUGCAUAUACAACUGCAUUGUUUGUAUAUCCAAACAUCUGGAGGACCGCACAGGAUCUGUUGCCUAUCGUCGUGUGGAAAUAUAAGCCCGUUGUCGCCGCUUUCGGAACACUGCCGCGGUGUAACACACACACACCCCUGAGCGAACGGAGGAACGUCGUCGUUCAUUGCAUUUGUUUUUCUUGCUUUAUUGCGUAAAUCGCACCACCACCCCCCACCCAACCAAUCAAAAUGACUGAAAUGGAGGACACUCACUUCGAAACCGCCGAUUCCGGCGCAUCCCAGACGUUCCCGAUGCAGUGUUCCGCGCUGCGUAAAAAUGGUCACGUAAUGUUGAAGGGACGGCCCUGCAAGAUCGUUGAAAUGUCUACUUCCAAGACCGGCAAGCACGGUCACGCUAAAGUCCAUAUGGUCGGAAUCGACAUCUUCACGGGCAAGAAGUAUGAAGAUAUUUGCCCGUCAACACACAACAUGGACGUCCCUAAUGUCAAGCGCGAGGACUAUCAGCUGACAGAUAUUGACGAUGGCUUCCUCGUGCUAAUGAGCGACAACGGCGACCUGCGUGAAGAUCUGAAGAUCCCGGAAGGUGAAUUGGGCACCCAGCUGCGUGCGGAAUUCGAUUCCGGCAAAGAGAUUGUCUGCACCGUCUUGAAAUCAUGUGGCGAAGAAACUGUGAUUGCCAUUAAAAACAACACCUCAGGUGAUAAAAACUAAUACUUCGUUGCCUAUCAAGAAUACUAUCGACGCAAGCGAGGAGGAGGAGAAUCACAAAAGGAAAAUAAUCAACAGCAGCAGCAGCAGCAGCCAGUGUGACAAAACAGUAAUUGGCGGCAGCAGCAGAAGCAGCAAUCAGCAGCAGCAGCAGCAACCAUCAGCAGCAGCAGGAGAUACAUUUUACAGCAGCACAUACUACUACCACCAUUACUUCUACAGCAACCACUCCUCUUGCCACACAGCAAGAACAACAAAAUUCUCCAACAACCAGCAGCUAGAAUAUUAAAGCAACAAAAGCAAAAGGAAAGGAAAAGAAAACACAUUAUAGCAUACCACACACAUCUCUGAGAGGGUUAAUAAUAAUAAUAAAAGUAAAAGAAACGAAAGUAACAGCAACAGUAGAAGAAGCAAGGAAGGCAGAAAUUGUGAAACAGUGAAACAAUGCGGUAACAACAACACACAAACGAACACACAUAUAUGCAUUAUGAUGAUGAUGGCACAACAACCUAUCGCAACACGUGCUGCACACCACCGUUGAAAAAUAUAACAUCAAUCUACAAAUGGGGAGAGAAAAAAACCAUUCUAAACGCGAAGCAUUAUUUCAUUGCAAGGUGCACGAAAAUCACACGCGAUUAUAUAAAGUCGAGAAAGUAAGGAUUAUCGAACGAGGGGAUCGUUGCUCUCUCUCUCUACCACGUAGAGGACAAUGGCGAAUGGAAAGCACGCACGCACGCCGCCCAUCCAACUCCCUGCUCCUUGAAGAGUUUGCUUGUUCGAGAUAGCUUCGGUGUAAUUGGGGUGGUGCAACACGAUAAUCGAUAAUACCAUCGAUGCAGUUUUUAUUUCACCUUCACACACACACACACACACACACACACCGGGAGAGUGUAUGUAGUUUAGAAAGAACGUGGAAGAAACCUCCCGUCUUAUGGUGGUGAUGAGGUGGAUGGAGAACGCGAGAAAAGAUUAAAAGCACAGUGCAGCUGGUACACACCCGAACCUGUGCAAAAGACUGGAUCGUGUUGUUACCUUGUCGUUCGUGUUGAACGCGAAACGUCUCACGAUCAUCAUCAUCUUCCCGCGCUUGACCAACCGGGAAAGCAACCACGUGCGACGACAACACAGUUAGUAAGGGAUGGUUUGGUUGGAAGUUGUGUAAUUACACAAACCCGAAAGAUCGACAAAGGUAGUAAAGUGUGAGAGAGCUCUUCUUUUCUGCUAAUACAUAAAGAUUUUGUUUUCUAAUUUCUCUCUCUUUUUUUUGUUGUGGGAAAAUUAUUAUUUAAAACGGAUAAUCGUUCCGUUUUGCAGUGAAAAGGAGAGUUUAUUAACGUAUUCUAUGUGGCAACAAACAAUCAUUUACUCUACAAGGUGAUCAUCGACACACACGCACGCACUAAUGAGCUGCUCGAGUUCCUCCGAGUUGCAUCCUCAUUGAUGCAUGACCUAAUAAUGACACCGAGUGGAAAACAAUGGUGGGGGGAGGUGCAUGGUAUGUGCGAGUGGGUGUGUUUAAUGAUCACACCAGUAGUGUAGAUCAUGCAAACGCGAGUAGCAUCAAAUUCAGCGAUCACUUAUAACACAGAAAGAAGGAAUUACACAGUAAAAGUAGGCGGUAUGUUGGGGGUAGAGCAGAAGAAAGAAAAGUCCGCAAUUACGCGAAGAGCUAUCGUUCACUACUUACAUCCGCGCGCAACAACAGCAGAAGAACGCAAGAAUGCUAGAUUAACUUUUUGCUAACGUUACUCGGCGAAUGCUCUUGUUUGUUGAAAAAGCCGUGAUGGAAAUGGAAAUAAAAACAACAUAUAACGAAUGAAACAAAAUCUUUCGAAAUACACCCCAAUUUGGUGGAUUGUAUCGUGCAUGUGUGUGUGCGUGUGAAAAAUGGGGAAAAUAUGCUCCACGGCCACGAAGUCUGUAAAACCCCUUUGGCUUUGGAGAGAGCGUGUCAAACUAGCGGGAAAAAUGACUGACGGUCAUUGGGAAAAAUAAUUUUCCGAGGGCGGGAAAAAGAUGCAUCACAAAAGUUCAUAAAAUCGUAAAUCGAGAUCGAACGAAAUCAUGCGUGUGUGUCCUGCCGGGUAGGAAAGCUCUAGGUUUUUUUUUCCUCUAUUCACGGUACGCGGUACGCGAAAUGAUGCAAUUUUGAAUGCAGUUCGCGCAUUGCAACAAGAAAAACCCGACCUCCUUCCCCCAUUCCCUUCACUUAAACAAAAAUGGGCUUAAUGUUUGAUGCUAAAUACGGUCUCCCGCUCAGUUUUAGCUUUCACGUACGUAAUUCCUCGUUCGGGAAGGGAAAACUGCAAGCUUAAUGAUAAUUUUCAUUAGGAUGUGCGAGAAAAGUUUGAAAACGAAAAAAAUGGAAAGAAACACGUGAAGAAGCAAGGUUGGGAAACGUUUGUUAGACUUUAAGUUAAGUUAGAAGCAAAUUGAAAGAAAAUCAAAACGAUGUUUGUUGCGUUGAGAGGACGAACGCUUUUUUUUUGCAUCGAAUAAUACAGUUUUCCGUUCCAGUUUUCCUUUGUUUUGUGUGUGUGUGUGUUUGUUCGUUGCACACACACAGACACACUGCGUAAUGCAAUCUUGAAUUAUCUUAUAUUAAAACUUUAGUAUUUUCUUUCAAAAGAUGCAAAACGAGACUAUCCUCCUCUCCUGCUCCAAAACAUUAAAGUGGUGUUGCAAGAAUUGGGAAGCAAGGUGUAAGUGUGAGGAGAAAAUGCAAACACAAAACAGAAUGAAUCAAAGAUUAUUAUUAACAUAAAAGCAAAAUAAAACAACACACCAUAAAUAGGAUAAAAUAAUACAAUUGCAAAACAAAACAGAAAACAAAAGAUAUAACAAACAAAAACAAAACACAAGGAAACAAACCUGAUCGUGCUAGGAAGAAACUAAAUGAACGCAAAGCAAAGUUGAUGCGGUGCUGCAUUGGAGGGAAAUUGUAAAAAUUCCCUCUGAUAUGGGGUGGGGAUUAGGUAAAAAAAAAAACAAAAAAAAACGGUGAAACAAUACGAAACAAAGAAGUAGCUGCCUACUACGACACGACGAAUUGGAAUGUGCGAGAUAUAGAUAGGGUGAGCAAUUAUGAAUACACAUAAGCGACGGAAAAUCGAUCGCAGCAGGCCACAGCCCCAAAUAAGGAUGAAAAGCAGAUGAAAACAUGAUGGGAAACAAUAAAACAAACUAACAAAAUAUGGAGAAAAAAAAAAACAAAACAAAACAAAAACCCCGACGAUAGAGAGAUUCGUGUGCCGCGACAAGACUAUAGGAAAGUGAAUAUAUAAAAUGCUAAAAAAUAUAUAUGUAUAUGGUAUAAAACGAAUAGAAUGAAACAGGUAGAUAUGUGUGUGUGUGUGGGGUAGAAGUGUAACCAGAUUUCCGUUUUUUUAAACCUCCCCAUUACAUUACGGAUCUUCAUCGUUUUGCACAUUUUCUACUUAUCAUUGUAAUAACCCAUACAAGCGAAAUAGUAACAAGAGCGAGAAAAGAA